UAUCGAGCACAAUUGCAAACCCUGUUUUCAUUACCACCUAGAUUCCAUUUACUACGUACUUGUAGGAACUAGGAAACACAUAGAGGUGCACAAUGUAAGUCAGUGGGGAAUUAGCUAAUUAGCUUCCUGCUUUUUGUCUGAGACCAUCGGACAGUUUCGGUCCAGCACCGUAACGUGUUGUCGUAAAGUAUUAUGCAAUGUAGACCACAUGUGACAAUGGUGUUUCCCCAUGUCAUUGUGUCGGGGCACGCGUCGGAACGCCCUGUAUAUAGAUGUAUGCGGAAUUGGAAGACGUCAGUUAUACCCAAGAGUCUGGUAAGAUGGGUCCUAAGGUGUCUUGUGUGGUGCUUGCAGCGUGUCUGGUGCUGGCAGGAGCAGAGUACAGGAACGAUGGUUUUGAUUUCAGGGGCUUCGUGCCGAGUUUCCAGAGGACUGAGGACCAGCUUGCAGAACCUUCAGCCAGGAUCGAAAAGAACAGAGAUGAGAGAGACAACCAGGCUGAUAGAACGCAGAGAUUUGGCAUAUCCUCGUAUGGAAGCACUGGGGGCGGUAGCUACGGCAGCACUGCUCCAGGACUCUACGGACCUGUGAAGAUAGAUCUUGGAGGAGUGCUCAUAGGAUCUAUACUGGGCUUUGGAGCUGUCAUCAUCCUGCCUAAGAUCAUCCACGCCCUGUCUUACAGCUACGGUGGAGGAUACGGGAGAAGUCUAGACACCGACUUUGGCCAAGUAUCCGAAGUGUUUGGUAAGAUCGACGAGAUGUUGAGCAGAUACAACGUGGACUCGACGGCUUGUAUGCAGCGGCUGGCAUGUUCCUACGUGCAACUAGCGAACGAAAACAUGAUCAGCGGUAACGCUACGGACUUCGAUGUUUUACUGUCUUCAUUGUCCAACAACACGUUGGUCCGUCGAAUGCUGGACGGUACGGCAGUGUUCGACGCGGUGUCAGCAGGACGGUCGCCAGACUCGGACUGUCACGAGCUCUACCACAAAUGUAAACUAGAUAAGAAGACAGUCGUCAAAAUGCUCACUCAACUCGUGCCCUCGUAGAUUUUUAUCAAUGAUACCUCAUUC